GGGUGCGCGUGCACCGCGGCCGCCACCGCGCCAUGAGGGUGCAACUGGAGCGGUGCCGGGGCGAGUGGCGGGAGCUGGAGGAGGAGUUCCGGCAGCUCCAGGAAACACACAAAGUUUACAGGCAGAAACUGGAAGAAGUCACCAGCUUGCAGACAGCCUGCAGCAGCUCCAUACACCGGCAGAAGAAGACACUAAGGGAUCUGAAGCACAGCCUGCAACGGUGCAAGCCCAGAGCGAGUCCUGAAGAGUUUGCUCUCAUUCAGGAGAUCAGCACCCAGAUCAAGGAGAGGCAAAAUGCCUUCUUCGACAUGGAAGCCUACUUGCCGAAGAAGAACGGCUUGUACUUAAAUCUGGUGCUGGGAAACGUGAAUGUAACUCUCCUGAGUAACCAAGCAAAGUUCGCCUACAAAGAUGAGUAUGAGAAGUUCAAACUUUAUCUGACGAUAAUCUUGUUACUCGGGGCCGUUGCCUGCAGGUUUAUUCUCCACUACAGGGUGACAGAUGAAGUGUUUAACUUUCUGUUAGUGUGGUAUUACUGCACGCUGACGAUACGGGAAAGCAUUCUCAUUAGCAAUGGAUCAAGGAUCAAAGGCUGGUGGGUGUCUCAUCACUAUGUCUCCACAUUCCUGUCUGGAGUAAUGUUAACGUGGCCAGAUGGACUCAUGUAUCAAAUGUUUCGCAGUCAAUUUUUAGCGUUUUCAAUAUUUCAGAGUUGCGUUCAGUUCCUACAGUAUUAUUAUCAAAGGGGCUGCCUUUAUAGACUCCGUGCUUUGGGGGAGAGAAACCACUUGGACCUUACAGUAGAAGGAUUUCAGUCCUGGAUGUGGCGGGGGCUGACGUUUCUCCUUCCCUUCUUGUUCUUUGGGCACUUCUGGCAGCUAUAUAAUGCAAUCACGCUUUUUGGAUUGUCGAGGCAUAAGGAGUGCAAAGAAUGGCAGGUUUUUGUGUUGGCUUUCACAUUUCUGCUGCUCUUCCUCGGGAACUUCCUCACUACUCUCAAAGUGGUGCACACUAAACUCCAGAAAAACAAAGACAAAAUGAAGAAGCUGUGAACACCCCCUCCCUGGCAUGCUGGCUGCCGUCCCCCUGCCCGCAGCAGGCGCUGGCUUUGGGAUGGAUCCUGCUAAACCCCAGCUACACGACGGACGGGCUCGGAAGGACUCGUCCAUUUGGCGAAGGAUAUGGACUCUGCCAGCACAGACUCAGUAUUAACGCAAGCAUGGCUCUCCAGUCUGCAGUCCUGCUAUUUAUGUAUAUUUAAUACAAAACGUGUUUGCUUUUGGGGUUUUUUUUUCUGUAUAUAGAGCAGCAUGCACCUGCCCGGCAAAGCGCCAGCAUUGGGAGAAUGUGGGAUCUACUGUAAUUCCAAUUCUGGAAUGGUAUUUAACACUUUCCAGUUUUAUUAUUUAAAUUCUGGGUAUUGGAUUUGCAAAGGUUUAUGAACACUCCAGGUUGAUCGGUAAUACAGACCGAAUGCUGUUUUUAAAGGCAUUUGUUUAAGGCAUAUUUUCAGUGGCAAUACUGAACCUGUGUGUACUGUGGGGGGGGGGAAAAAAAAUGCCUGUCUUUGUACCAUACUGCUGCUAUAUACACUUUUAAAAAGCUACUUGAAGAGGAGAAAUCCUCUUUUGAAAACAAAACCAAGCAAGCAAAAGCAGUUUUUAAAUGGCAGGGAAAUCUGCUAGCCCUCUUCCAGGGAGACCAGGUCAUCUGUCCAGGCCUGGAAAAGACCUAAAUAAACCAUUCAAUAUGCAGCUGCUUCAGCCCCUUUUUAAUAACAAAUAUGCUGCCCUUCGCGUUGGUUUUUCGAGACACCAUUUCUCCUUAAAAUGGCCUUGAUCAGUGGCAGUAAGCGCAGUUGCACUUCGGUUUCUUAGUAUUUUUUUGCUCCCAGUGCAGUUCUGGAAAGGGGAGGACAGGCCCAGCAGAAAUAUUACAUACUUUCUUUAGAUGCUGCACUUAUACCAAUAAUUAAGAGAAUGUAAACACUCGUUCAGGAGGAUGGCAGAGGACAAAUACUGACUGCCAUCCUGUUUAACUCCUUGUGCUGCUUGAACUUAAACUUACUCAUUCAAAUAAGCUUGUUUUGGGUGCUGUAACAUCUGUACCUCCUAAGGCCAGCUGCAGUCUUGUGAGCUGCUUUAGGCAGCGUCUUUCCCAAGGGUGAAGGCUUCCUUUGAGCUAGCACAAAGCCCAAAUUGGGCAUAUGCUCUGGCAGCUUGAUCUGAAAAUGAUGCCCUUCUCCCAGUAAGCGUGCUCAUGAAGAAAUAUAUAUGCAUUACAGACUUGAAAUGGUUUCAUCAGUUCUGUUGCUGCGAGGCUAGCAAAAUUACCUUUACAGUGUCACUGUCCUGUGGGCAUGAACAAUAAAUUGCAAUUUGCAUAUUUUGAACAACUUUCACGCUA